AUGGAUUCCCAUCUGAAAACUAUCGAUGAGAAACAUGCAGCUCGUUGCAAGUACCAAAAUGAAUUGCACAAAGAGAAAAAGGACUUCAUUGUCAAAUUGAAAAUGCUCUUGCUACCACAAAAAUUGGUUCAACAGGAAACUAGAAUAGUUCUCAAAGCUAUACGCCAGUUGUUCGAAGAAAAGUUCCCGGAACGUAUUGGGAAGGAUAAUGGUUGUCUGUUCCGUAGAACCGUUGAGGUGAACUGUGUCAGAACUUCCGUUUGGGCAACUUCGGACUUCUCCAAAAACGUUGACCUUUUCCAUACGAAACUGUGCCAAGACAAAUCGUUCAAAACGGAUAUUAAUACAUUUUCACCAAUUCCUAUCAGGAAGACGAUAAAGAAAGAGGCACCAGUUGAAUCCCCAUUGGAACAUCCAAAAGUUGGUUUGAAUUCUAUGCCGAUUGAUAACAGGCAAUAUGGAGAUUGGAAUAUGAAUCUUAGUACACACAAUACUGUUUCCUGGCAUGUUCCUGUUCCACCUGCUCCACAGCCAAUGCUGCAGGCAACAUACCCGGAGCAGAGAACGGUAUUCGGUCCUUCCUACCUUCAACAAAUGGACUACAAGCAUCAUGCUCAAGAACUUUACAACUUCUCAACUGAUUACUUGCUCACCCUUCCCCCGCCACUUGGGAAUUCUUCAAACCUUGCCACUUUGCAAUCCCAGUCCAAUUGGUCAAACAAUCAACUGUUUGUGCCACCAGCGCAUCACAUGAAUCCUGCCAACACACAACAAAUUCAAGUUAAAAAUGAACCAUUGGACUAUUUGGAUGAAAUGCUCUUCAAUCACAACCAAAAUAUUGAAGCCAAUAAUUUGUUUGUUCCACCCUUCGAUUCAUCCCUGCUUCAGCCAUUCGAGCCGCCAUUGACUGACUUUUUCUCCCAGCCCAACUUUCUUUUUGAAACUAUGAACUCCUUCUCUUCACUUUGA